AUGAACCUGAAGCUACUCUUCCUUUUCCUCUUUCUUGCUGUGAUCCUGAGCACUGCUGAAACAAAACCUCGCAAACACAAAAAACACCAUCGUCAUCGUCAUCCUCACCAUCAUCACAACCAUGAACAUGACCAUGAUCAUGGUCCUCAUGAUAUUCGGGGUCAUAAACAUGGAAAACAUGCAAAAAGGAAAGAACGAUUUCAAGAUAUAAUUAACGACUUUUUCUUUGGAUAUAUGGGAGAGAUUCCUGAUGAUGAUGACGACGAUGACCCAAGUGAAUGGCUGUAUGACCUUCAAGAGCCAGAGGGUCAAUGUAACCCAAACCCUUGCGAAAAUAACGGCGUAUGCAAGGAGAAAGGAAAGAACAAAUUCAAAUGUAACUGUCGAAAACCUUUCAAGGGAAGACGAUGCGAGAGAGGACCUAAGAUUUGCAAGAGAGGUACAUGUGGCCGUGGAGAAUGUGUGCUGACUUCCACGCCACCAUUUUAUGAGUGCAAAUGCAGGCACCCCUUCCAACCUCCAAACUGUAGAACAUUUAAUCUAUGUGAGCCUAAUCCAUGUAAGAAUGGAGGACAGUGUGUCAGGGAUGGUAACGACUUUGACUGCACGUGUCCUUCAGGCUUCAGAGGUCGUUUCUGCCAUGUUGGCCCAAAUGACUGUUUUGAGGAGGAUGGCGAGUCAUAUCGAGGCACAGUGAGCGAGACAAUUGACGGUGACGAAUGCCUCUACUGGAAUUCUCAUUUCAUCCUGGAGAAAGGAACGGAUCCUUUCAACUCAUUUGAAGACAGUGAUGGCCUUGGCCCACACAACUUCUGCAGAAACCCAGAUGGUGACUUGACACCAUGGUGUUUCUACAGAAGAGGCCAAAAGCUGCUAUGGAACUACUGUGAUGUAGAUGAGUGUCCUGAAGAUGGAAGUGACACUCCACCUCCCACUGUGCGUCCAGUUCCAGUGGAUCCGCCUAAAAUACCAACUCCUCCUAGGCCUACUCCUGAAAAGCCCAAGCCAACACCUGCCCCAACCCAAAAACCCACUCAGUCCCCACAACCCAGCGAAGCUUCGCCAACUCCAACACUUUCUUCAAACCAAUUCAGUACUUGCGGUAGGCCUCAGCCCAAGAAAGUUAUGACCCGGAUCUUUGGAGGCUUGAAGGUACCUCCAGGGGCAUUACCCUGGCAAGUGUCCCUGCAAGUGAGACCCAAGAGAACCACUCAGCCAUACAAGCACAUAUGUGGGGGUGUUCUCAUUGACAGCUGCUGGAUACUGACAGCUGGACACUGCAUUGAACGGGGAAAUGACAUGCAGGUGGUUAUGGGAGGGCUCUCUCUGGACGCUGAUGAGCCCAGUGAACAGGUCUUUAAUGUUGAAGAGGCUGUUGUUCAUGAGAACUACAGGGAGACUCCAGUAUCAGUCCACAAUGACAUUGCGUUGCUGCGACUGGAAGGCACUAAUGGUUUUUGUGCCAAUGAGACUCAGUUUGUGAAGGCAGCCUGUUUGCCUGAGGGCCCGAUGGCUGAUGGGGAGGAAUGUACCAUUUCUGGAUGGGGUGCUACUGAAGAAUCUGACUAUGGUUCCAACCAUUUACUGGAGGCCAAUGUUCUGCUUAUCAACCAGGAGAAAUGUUCUGAGAGCAAAAUUUAUGGUUCUUCUUUGGAUAAUAGCAUGUUCUGCGCUGGCUAUCUACAAGGAGGGGUUGAUUCUUGUCAGGGCGACUCGGGAGGACCGCUGACCUGUAAGCGGAAUAACGUUCAUGUUCUUUAUGGUUUGGUCAGCUGGGGAGACCAAUGUGGAGCGAAGAAUAAACCUGGGGUCUAUGCACGGGUCACUCACUUUCUGGACUGGAUCAAAUCAAAAACUCAAACAUCAUCUUAA